GUGCUGUCAGCGGCGUCCAUGGCGCUGUAUUUUUUCCGCUAAUAAAAAAAUCCUGUUCGUGCGCGUCUUACGGUCAAGUGUGUUCGCGUUUAAUCUCGCUCUUCUCAGCAUCUCGUUGAGUGCAUCGCGUCGUUACAUGGUCCUGACAACAACGUUGAAAGAAGGAAUUAGAGGAAGAAAUAGGAGAGAGCUAGAGCGAGAGCGAGUGAAAGAGGAGAGAAAGAGAGAGAGCGAGAGGGAAGAUAGAAAAAAAGAAGAAAACACACGCACACACGCACACACACAAUUCGUAAUUGUCCGGAGUGACUGUGGGUGUGCACGGGGGCAGGAACGGCUCGCCGGUUCUCUCUUGCUUCAGUCUACUGGAAGAUUCCAUUGUGAGUGGUUUUGAAAAAUUUACUUCACCUCCGCGCAUCCUUAAUAUCCUCUUGUUUCUUGUUUAUUUGGCUGUUUUAUUUCGCGUCGACGUUUUACAUUGGGACGUCGAUGCAAUUCGAGGACCAUCAUGAAACACAUGCACUGAUGCACACUUACAAACACGUAUACAUAUCAAGUUACACGACUGGACCCGAAUCUCGACAAUAAGAAGAAUAGGAUUUAUCGUAAUUAGUGAAAAAAGGGGAGGAAAAAACAAAGCAAAGAAGGAGAACAAGUGAUUUGAUGGAAAGUGGAAAAGCAUUGUGAUAGUGUUUUUAUCUUCGUUUUUCAAUUCGGGGGGAUCAAUAUAUACACGUGUAGAUAAUACAAUUCGUUAGCGAUCGGAGAUUCCGCGGCGGUGAAAACGUGAGAGACGUAAGGCGUUAUAAUCGGAAAAGUGUCGAUAUGCCGUGUGAAAAAUGGAAUAAUCGGUAUGCCACGAAUCCGAGUAACCGAGGGGCCUGAGAAGAUAAUAAAUUGUGCGUUCGUGAUUAAACUUGGCCGUUUUCAUUCGUCUUUUUCGCAUUAUAAAAUGUCUAAAAGCGCGUUGAUUAAUAAGGGGGGAGCCUGCUAAUUCGGCGAGUUGCACGAACUCUCGAGUGUUAACCUCGAUUUCCUUAUGCUACUGUUCCGUCGUAGGAGAGGCGAAGAGCACGUCGAAGAAGGAGACGGCGGUGAGGAAGCGAAGGAAGAGGAAGAAGGAGGAGCGGAGGAGCAGGAGGAGGAGGAGGAAGACGAGGAGAAAGCCCAAUCACGAAGAACGAGGAGAUACGGAUUUAUUUUCUAAAAAUAAAUCGAAAAAGGAGCAACUGGGUACCCUGCAAUUUACAGGAUCGAUAUAGCCUUCUUUCAACUUUGUUUUUGUUUUUCAUUAUUUUUCCUCAUUGCGCCUCGUAACAACCAUCAAUAUUCUCGAGUCCAAGAGCCUCGAAGGAGCUUACUGGAAAAUUUUUCACGGUUAAAUUGCACCGAGAAUUGGUCGAUCGAGCGGGACUCGCCGUCGUCGUAUUCUCAUUCACCGCAGGAGAGCAGUAAAACGGGGAGAGGCAGGUUCGUGCUCUCGGCUUUACGAGUGAUAUUUGUUGCAAACUUGUGCUGUUGUAGAAACCACAAAAAACGAAAACAUCUGUGGACGCCCUCUCUCCGGUAUCCUCGUGCUGCGAAGAGCGUUCGACUCUAUUCCCCCGAUCGCCACAUUUCGAUUCAUCUUUAUCCGUCUGCCCUCGAUGAGAUUGCAAAAACCUCCCGAAGAUACCAGAUCACGAAGGCGACUGUUCGAUCUAGAUUGAGGCCCGGAACUCCGCGAAACUCCCCACACCAAACGAGGAUCCCAAGCUCAGUCGAUCAAAGACUCCAACAAAUCGGCCAAAUAUUUCCAACCAUUUCGUAACUAACAUACAUUUUUCAAAGCAAUCAAUCUGCACCAGCUCAAAGUGGAACCGAAGGAGGGAGCGACCAAUCGAUAAGACCGCUUCCAACUCAUCGUCCUGCUUCUCUCUUUUCCACUUUUUCGACAUUCUCACUGAAGCACUCAAUGUAAAUGGGCCUCAUGAGGUCCAACAGGCGAACCAAGUAAUUACAUAAAUUACUAAAGAAUUUCAAAGAAAACGUGAGAGAGAGAGAGAGAGAGAACAAAGAGAAAUAUAUCUAUAUACACCCACAUAUAUAAAAAUAAAUAUCAAGUAUUAGCCAAGAAUCCCAACGAGUAUUUAAUCACAAGAAAAAGUGAGAAUCUUUUUAUGUAAAUAUAAAUAAAUAUAUGUAUAUGUAUGUGUGUGUGAUGUUCAACGACUGUGAGACCGUUGAAUUUGCGAUGAGAGAUUGAUAUACACAUAUAUAUAUGAAUAUAUAUACCUACAAACACACACACACACACACACACAUAUAUUGUGUACAUACUUCGAGAAAGUAUAAAAGAGUUGGGGAAAACAAAAGAGGCCGAAGGAUUUAGAAGAAUAAAAAAAUAAGAAUAAAAAAAAAAGGAAAGGAACGAGGCGAUCGUAGCUCCGACUCUGUUGAUUCGAGUCAGAUUUAUAUCGAGCCACGUUGAACGAGGCUGUGAAUGGGUUGAUAUAUUUGUUAGAGUUAAAGAAAAAAUCGGUGGAAAAGAUAUUCGAUCGGUGGACGAGUCUAGAAUCGAUUGGAUUGGAAUAUCUACUACGAGAGACGACGAGUCUUAAGGUUGUACACCCGCUAUAUAACCGCGAGUGUUCUUUCGCUGGUUCGUCUCGAACUAGUGCCUUUGGGUUUAGCUUUUGGCAUAUCGGGCGACUCGAACUCGUUGAGUCACCGUGAAAAGGGCUGUGCAAAGUGGCAGGAUCGAAUAAGGAAGUGGGAAAAGUGAGGAAAAACAUCGACGGCAUGUACAAAGACCCCAACGGCUCACCCGGAAGCGGCGGCGGCGGCGGCGGCGCCUCGGCGAAGGGCGAUGAGGUCGAGCUAGUCAGCAGAUUCCUGGCACCUUUAUGCGCCCGGGAUGAGACAGCCAGGAAUAUCGCCCUCGCAGCAGCUAGAACUACCGUCGAGGGAUGGCUCGGCGGUGUUGGCAGUCCUAAUCAGUGGGAGGACACGACCGAGAUUGAAAACACGAGCGAAGAAUAUCGCAAGUUCAAGGCUCAAGAUGGAAGAUACGACAUGAGUAUUGAGAGGUCGCCACAAAAACCGGUGCCGAAGAUCUCCGAACAUCGCCGUAACGAAAAUAUGCAACAGAAUUAUAUCCGAACGCACCAUUCGUUGCAGGACGCAUUCAGAAUCGAGAGUUUCUUUCCACAAAGCGUUACGGAGAAUUCGAGGCGUUUUGUUCGCGAUAAUAGUCUCGAUACCGGUGAUAAAUUUGGUGGAGGCUCGUACGAUUGUGUCGACGGUAAAUUCGGCACCGAAAGCCAAAGUAACGGAGGAUCCAAGGACAGAUGGACGAGACACACGGGGAUGGCGAUGAGCGAAGGCGUUCUGGAAAAAUUAGGAAGAUCAAAUUCAUCGGACGAGGGCAAGGGAUUCAAUGUUACGGAUGAGAAGGGAGGCCGAAGGUACCGGGAAAACAAUGUGCUCGAGACCCGUUUCAGUUCGAGCAACGAGAGCGAGCGAAAGUUCAUCGGCUACGUUGGUAGCAACCCGAGAGACAUGUACGACGAGGCUUGUAACGACGAGACGAAGCAGCAGCGGGGCCUCAAGUCUUCUGGCAAAAUAGGCAAAGCCACGAGACAGAUCCAAUUGGACGACGAUUACCUGGACUCGGACACAAGAAUUUAUGGCAAGAGUCCGAAAUUCGAUGAAAGUCACAGUGGCAACUUCGCUCCGUACGAAAGCCUCUCAAAAAGCGUUAAUUACUGGUCGCGUACCGAUUAUUACGGGACGAGAUACGAGCGCGAGGGGGAACGUCACGAUCGACGAAACCUCAACAUUCGCUCGGCCGCGGGCCGAAAAUUUUACGAGUGCAGCGACGACACUUUGUUCGACGACGAUUACUCUCCUCGCUCGAAUCGCAAUCGCGAUGGCGUUGUUUUCAACACUUUGGAAGGCUUCGAUCAAGAAAAUAUGAACGCCACUUGCAGCAAUGCGAAUGAGGAAGAAGUUGGCGAAUACGGCGAGGACGACGAUGAAGAACACUCGGAAAAUAUGAAUCUCGAGAACCCCGAAGAUUCCAACUACGAGAACGUUCGAUUGGAAAACUCGUUCGGUCUCCCUUCACGACCCUCCGACGAUCGUCGCUCCAUUACCAAAAGCGCCGAUCAGCCGACCGGCCAAAGAGCCGAAUCUCACGAAGAGCAUUAUUUGCGCAACGGACCCGAAAGAAAAUUCAGCGCUGGACAAAUAAAACGACCGCUGUCCCAGGACGAAGACGUUUCCUCCAAAAGCGGUCGCACCCUCGAAGGACCCGAAGUUACACCCGGUGACGUCGGCAGGAUGCUCAACCUCGGCAACGCUCUCGAUGGACCACGCCAGGCACAGCCCAACAAAUAUUUGAGUCUCGUCACUCUUCACCUACCGGUUAUCCUCCGUCUCAGUGUCAACUGCCCUUUUGAGAACGUUCGCAUCAAAUGCUCCGAAAUCCUACUCAUGGUCAAGGAUCGUGGUUUACCAGUGCCAGAGCCUGCAUUCGAAGGACCAAGUGCUUUCGUGCCCACAUCGGAGCUUCCGGAUCUGAACAGCCUCGACGAAAAAACACACAUGCUGUUGAUGGAUGCCUUCCUGCAAAACAACAGACUGGACCAUGUCUCCAGGGUAAUGUCAUCGCAUCCCUCGUACCUUGAACACUUUUUGAGGACCCAACAUUUUGUUCUACGAGGCGACGGACCUCUACCUUACGAUUACCGUCACCUCAUUGCCAUAAUGGCUGCUGGUAGACAUCAAUGCAGUUAUCUGAUUAAUCUGCAAAAAGGAGAAUUCAUUCUUCAGGGUGGUGACGCCCACUGGCUUCAGGGACUGAGAUCGAUACCGGACAAAUUGCAAAAUUUGUACGAAAUCAACAAGAUCCUAGCACACAGGCCAUGGCUCCUGAACAAAACCCACAUAGAGAAAUUGACGAAAGGCGCUGAUAAUUGGUCGUUGGCCGAGGUCGUUCACGCGAUCGUACUUCUCGCCCAUUUCCACUCCCUUUCGUCUUUCGUAUUCUCUUGUGGUAUUACCGAGGAACUUGACAACGUUGCGGGUCAUCAUUACAAGGAAAAUGUUCAGGACAAUAGCAAUACUGUACAACCUUCCAAAGACAAGCUGAUAACCAGCCCAAAAAAGAUUCCCAACUGCGGUGGCAAGACUGAACCAAUCCCAUCGCCACCAUUGUCACCUAGCAUCGUCGGCGAACAGGAAGUCGGAGUCGAAACCCUCAUGGAACGAAUGAAACGCUUGUCCGAAAAGUCAGAAUCGUAUCAAAUAACGCAGGAAGAAUUGUCUAAGCGAUUUGAAACUGUCGAAACCCAAUCAGCCGAGUUGGCAGCCGCACCUCAAAGGAGUAGUUCUGUUCUUGAUUCAGACAUCGGCCUUUUCAUCGAGGAUCCCACCUUCAUUUAUCAAGACUUUGCCAAAAGAGGUCAGCUGAAUGAUAUACCGACGUUUCGUGUACAAGAUUAUUCCUGGGACGAUCAUGGCUACUCACUCGUAAACAGACUUUACAACGACGUUGGAAAUCUCCUCGACGACAAAUUCAAAACGGCCUACAAUUUAACUUAUUACACAAUGGGCACACACAACAAGGUCGACACGUCGAGAUUCAGGCGGGCCAUAUGGAAUUACAUACAAUGUAUGUUCGGCAUAAGACACGACGAUUACGACUACAACGAGGUCAAUCAGCUUCUUGAACGUAGUCUGAAGACGUUCAUAAAAAGCGCUGUCUGUUAUCCCGAACGAGUAACAAAGAGAGAUUACGAUCGAGUCAUGCGAGAAUUCAAACAUAGUGAAAAGGUUCACGUAAAUUUAAUGAUACUGGAAGCACGAAUGCAAGCGGAAUUACUGUACGCUCUUCGUGCGGUGAUGCGAUAUAUGACUUAGACGUGUUCGAGACUCGUUCGUUCUUCCGUAAAAGCGAAAACGGUUGGUUUGUUUCGAUAAUAACGAUCGAUCCAUCAACAACAAUAACAAGCAAAAAACUUGCUCUCGCCCCAGAAAUAGGUCCACGUGGCUAUUUUUUUCCUCGUGAUAUAAUCAUAUAUACUUAUACUCCGUGAUAGGACGAGGAGAAAGAGAGAGAGAGAGAGAGAGAGAGAGAGAGAGAGAGAGCUGCAAAUGCAGAACAAAAGAACAGGAGAAAUAGAAACGCAAUCGAGAAAGACGGAGAAACCUGAAAUAAAAUGUGAAAUUCGUGUUGAGAAAGAAUUGUUUGAUUUUUAUUGCAUCGUCAAACUCGAACGAGCGAUGAAAAAAAACACGAGAGUUCGAGAUUAUACAAUGAGACAAAGAAGCGAAAGAAUUAACGCUGAUUUAACAACUUCAUUGGAGAGAAAGAGAGAGGAAGAAUGGGGAUGGUUUUUCGAUGAUGAAAUAAGAAAAAUGACUCGAUUAGCCCCACGGGCUGUAUCGUAUAGAUCGUACUGAUUGAUUUUAUAUUGAUUUUCUUGUUUUGUCGUUAAAACACAUACACAACACACACACAUGUAAUUUUUAAUCUCGAAUACGAAACUUUGGGUUGAAUUUGUGGAUGCCCUUUUGCCGGUUAAGCAUAGUGGUCUAUUGAAAGUCCAAUAUAUUGAAGGAUUUCAGAAAAAAUGAAAUAUAUAACAUAAAUAUAUAUAGAUAUAUAUUAAAAAAUGGAGAGCGAUAAGAUGAAAUCAAUGUUUUUAAGCUUCGAAAGGUUGAUUCGAAGAACUUGGAAGCAAAUAAUAGCUGUAGCUCCGUCAGUGAAGGGAAUGAAGAGAUACAGAAGGGAAAGAUCGAGAGAGAAAAAGAGCGGGAUAAAAAAGAAUAGCUGUGAGGAUGUUUGGGUCACCAAUCUUUGUGAGAUUUUCGAGAAAAUAAAAUAUGUAGAAAUAUAAUUUAAACAUUUAGAACUGAGGAGAAAAAAAAAUAUUAAUAACUUUCACUCUGUAAAUACGAAGCAUGUAUUUUUCUACGUUCGCACGUGCGUAAAACCGUGAAAAAAUUUUCUUUGGCUCUCGUCCAUUGCGAUCGUUUGAUUGUCAGCUUUUUAUUCUCACUCAAAACUCCUGCCGUAAAACUUUCUAUCAAUAAAGGCACUCUGAUUUCUACGUUUGAAUUUGCGACCGUAAUGCGGAACGAGGCCUGGAAAAUUGAUUGAAAGAACUUCCAUCGAAUUUCACAUGCGCCAUGAAAAAAAAAUAUUGAAAAGUAGUGACGUCAAAUGGAGAUUUUUCGAGAUGCAAGGGUGCCUAGAUAGGCAAGUGUAUUGUCGAUUGAUUCACAAGUCCAGAAUAACGCUAACAAGAGAGGCAGUUUUUAGCAGACGAAAAUAAAUGAAAAAACAAAUAUAUACAUAUACAUAUAUAUCGAUAUCUCGAAAACAUACGUCGAUGACAUUGCGAGUAUUCAACGAAUUAUUCAUGCCUUCGAUGUGAGUAUGCUUAGCUAUUGAUAUGGAUGAAUUGAAAAACGGUGCGUUUCGAUUGUACGUUGUACAUGCGUGUAUAUGUAUAUACGCAUAUGAUUUGAUAUAUAUUUAUAUAUCCAUACACAUUCAUGUUCAAGUACGAUUAAAAAAAAUGAUGGAGAUAUAAUUAACGAACGUGAUACCCAAUGAGAUACUGAAGGAUAAGUGAAACGAUCGCAUUGUAGAAACCUUAAGCUUAUCAAAUUCGAUGUACUUUUAAACGUAUCGUAUGCUCGAUGAGAAAGAAAAUCCCCGCAAACAGUUGGUUCGUUAAAAAACGAAAACAAUGGGUUUGAAGAGAGUUUGAUAGAAAACAUAAGAAAAGCAAACGAACAGAGUGAAAAAGCAUAACUUCAUAGUUGAUCAUAAUCCAUUGCGAACUGGUAAGAGUACAAUCGAUAACAGUUGAUCGGUGAGCUUACAGAUAUUCAAAUUCUCGAAUCUUUCUGUAACAAAAAAAAUCAACUAUUGCGUUGCACCAUAAAAGUCGCUUUUACAUCGGAAUAAUAUAAAACGAUUUAGUUCGAGAGGAAUCAAAUCAGUGUAAUUCGUAAGGCAAAGAGGCAACAUAUUAGGAGGGGAAACGAAAUGUUGAAUUUAUGCAUCGUUGAAAAACAACGAAUUCCCUCUUUUUUUUCUCGCAAUGUCAAGCAUCCAUUGGCACUUUGACGGCUACAAAAUUGUGUCACACUUUUUUGUCGUAAAAUAAUAUAAAUUUGCUAAAAAAUUCGAAGAAUUUUCAAAGAUUAACACAUCUUUCGCUGUGUUCCAACGAUGCGAAACACAAUGACAUGUAAAAAAAAGUUUACCGUUGUCACGAAAGAAUGAGAAGAAAAUGAGGCGUCACGAGGCAUACAUACGAAUUAUACAUGUUCUGUGAUCGCGUAUAUAUUAACAAAUCUGUAUAUAAAAAUAUAUAUAUAUUGUAUACAUUAGCGUGUUAAGAGAAAAGCGAAAAGAACGUAAAAAGAAAGUGAAACAAUGACGGGAAAUUGCGGCCACGAUUAGAACGAAGGCAAGAGAGGCAAGAGAUGGGCAAGAUAAAGAAAGUGUGUGCAUCAAAUAUUGAAGAUGACUCGUAAACCAAUAAAUUCGAGCCUCUUAAUUGUGCACCACAUUAAAAUUUCAAUGUGUGUGUUCAAACUUUCGUCAAGCUUCUGAUUUCACUGAGUGAAAUUCACACAAAAAUUCAACAAGAGCGGACGACAUUUAAAAAAAAAAAACAAAACAAAAAAACUUGACGGAAAUUACGAUCCCACCGGUUUUCAGUUACUUUUUUGUCAGCAGAAACGGUUGCAUCCUUAACCGGCUACGAAUUCUUUGUCAAGAUAGAGAAAAAAGAGGGAGAAAUAAUAAUAUAUUGAUUGGAAAAAAAUUAAAAUAAACUCUACGAAUUCUGCACAAUCUUCGACCAAUAGUUACGCGCCCGUCGAUCCUCACAACGACGGGCUAUUUUACAGGCAAACAUCUACAUAUCAAACUAAUGAAAAAAAAAAAAAAAAAAAAAAAAAAAAAACACUUGAACAAAAAGAACGAAGUAAAUCCUUAAUAAUACUAAAUUCUCGUUGGUGCUCCGCAAAGUUUUCGGUAGUUUCGUUAUCGACGCAUUGUUUAUGGAAGAAAAAAUAAUAUAUUUGGACAACAGCAAAAACAAAAACAAUAUUUCUUGAAGGUUUUCGAUUUAUUAGGCCUAGCGCAGAACUUGUGGAUUCUAAAACGACAGUAUUGUGUUAUAAGUUGUUUAUCGACCGUUAAUUUCGACAGGUUUUUUUAAAUCUCUUCUCUCUCAUUCUCUUUUUAUCACUUUGACUCUUGUGUUCUCUUUACAUUACGUUUCAAUCCUUUUUAUUUUCAUCCGAAGAAUUUUACGAAUGUUUGCACUUGUUGUUUACGGUUGUUCGUCGCGAUAGAAUAUUGAAACGUGGUUUGCAAUUAUUUACCUUGAAAUUCUCACGUCCAAAGAAGUCAUAUGAGGCAAAUAACCACGAAUCGGACGGGAGAGUUAAACAGAUAAAAAUAAAAACUGAAAGGAGUGGAAGAAAAGCGAGAAAGAGCGAACGCGACAGAGAGUGGGAGAGAGAGAGAGAGGGAGAGCGAGAGAGAGAGAAGUGACGUGAAUCAGUUGGAACGACAAAUCGAUUAUUAGCGUUGAAGAAAAAAAUUGAGAAUGAGAAAGAGACCUUGUGAGAAAACUUUUUAAAGGAGAAAAUGAGAAAAUUUUGUUUCUUCUUUUUUUAAACGUCGGUAAAGAAAAUCUUUACGAAUAUCGAUCAACGUUUUUCUCUUAUUCUCUUUAUUUUUCUAUGUAUCGUGUUUUUAUCUAUAGUUAACUUUUAUUGAAACCAAUUACCUUUUUUUUUUAAUCGGUCCCUUAUUUGUAAUAUGCCAAAACCCUGUGGAGAUUUCACAGGGCUGUUUAUUUUCAUUGUUUUUUUUUUCGUUUUUUUUUUUUUUUUAAAUAUCAUUAUUCAUUCAAAACAAACGUGCAUACACAGAAUGCGAAUUUUUGCGAACGCACCUCGACGCUUCUCGAGAAGAAAGUGAAUUAAUGCAUAGAAAAAAACCCUCAAAGGGGAAAAAAAAUGUUGAAUCAAAAAGAAUCGCGAGUGCGCUUGCAAUUUUCUCGCUGAAUGAUCUCUUCGAGGGACUGAGAGAUGAAAAAAAAUUUAGACUUAAAAACAAAUCAAGACACUGUUCUCUUAUAUAAUUGUAGAUUUCGUUUUUCGUUUGUUUUUUUUGUAUUCGAGGCAGGUAGAUGCUUUUUUUGUGAAGCGAGAUUCAGGACUCGUUGGUCGGUGAUUUUUAUGCGUGUAACAUGGAGAUGAGAAACGCGAAGUGACGUUACGCGAGAGAUCCUCCGAAGUGUGCGUGUGUGUGUGUGUGUGUAUGGGAAAGUGAGUGUACGUAAGCCUGUGUGAUUUCAUAUAUUGAGAAUGAAACAGAUAAAUAUUCUGGAGAAGAAAAAAAAAGAGAAAGAAAAUGUGUGUCGACAGAAAAUGUUUUGUUGGUGGAAAAAAUGAAAAUUUGAAAGAUGGCAGAGUAUAGUUAUUAUUUUCACUCUUGUAAUUUAUUUAGCAACAAAGACAGGCUUGUCAGGAAAAGAAGCCGUUAUAAACGAUUGAAAGAAAUAUGAGAAAAAAAUUAUAAUUAUCGAAGAAAAAAUCGUUACUUCUGUGAGGACGAAAUUAAGAGAAGAGAAAAAAGAACAAAAUGAUCAUUCGUCAGCAUUAAAUCAUAGUGGCCCUUGAUUUUGGAGCUUUUUUCCGAAAUUUCAAUCUUUAUUUUUCUUGUUGUAAGAGCCUCAUUUUCGUCGAAAUGUUUCAUCCAUCUUCUUCUCUUUUAUCAGACUGCUAUUGCUGCAAAAAACUAGAUCGUCAGCAAAAACACGUUUAAAUUUUCAUACGCCUGUUUAACAAGCGUUUCGUAUUUAUAGUCAACAAACUUUUCAGCAAGAUGCGCUUGACGAGCAAAACACAAUGAUAGAAAUCUGUGAAUAUAUGUGUAACGAAAAAUCGAACCGUACGAAGUAAUAUUUUCUUUUGCGAUUCCAACAACAAACCCAUCUUUCGAAACCAUCAACCAUAUUAAUUGUAUACCAUGCUACCACAAUGUAUAGUGUGAUAAUUCUUACGAGCUGAAUUUGCUCUGUGUCAUGGAUCCGAGAAAAACAAAUAUAUAUAUUAUAUAUGAAUACUGAUUUUUUUAAUGACAAGUGAGAAAAUAAGUAUGAGAAAAAACUGAUAGAGAAGGCCUGUGAGAGUGGCCAGGAAAAAGAAAAUCGUCAACGAUCAUUGUACCUUAAAACAUCUGUUUCAUCCACUGUUCGAAAAAAAAAAAAAAAAACAAAGAACAAUUAUACUUUCUUUCGUUACGGGAAUGAGGAAACCAUCUUUUCCAUGAAGCUCUUAACGAUCGAGUUAAGCUGAGCGGUCAAUGCCUAACUCUUUCGUCAAUCUUUAUGGAAUUUUCUUUUCGGACGAAAAAUCGAUUGAUCAAUGCAGAGAAUAUAAAAUACUUGUGCUCGAUCGAUUAAAUAUAUGAGCAUUCUCAAUACGCAAUCCAAGGGCCAAUGAUCGUUACGGAGAAAAAUAUGAAAAACAAAGAAUAUGCAAAUGAUAGGAGGAUCGUAUGUGAUGUGAUUUCUUUUAUAUCGUAACAAAUAAUGAACACUUUAAGAAAUGUUAUAGUUUCGUAUAAGCGAUAUGUUAUUUGUCAUUUAUUUUAUCCCUUAAUAAAUGAUGUUAUAUUAUAAAAUGAAA